AUUUUCAUUUUCGUCUGUGCGCUCUUUUUCUCUCUUCUUCCCCGCUCAUGGCCGCGCUCUCUGUUCCCAUCUGACUCCGAUCCUCUCAGUCCCUCCUAAGCUUCGUGUCUUCAGAAACUCCUCUCUUCCGUCAUCACCCGCGUUCAUCUGUUCUUCAAUUUGAAGCUUCGCUUUCAGUAUUUGCGAACAUUCCGCCUCCUCCGGCGUCGGAUUUUCGAGCUUUCAGCCGGACUUUCGUACCAGUGCUGGGAACUACUGGGUUUCUGCUGCUUUCAUUUCUUCGAUUCUGUCGCUGGUUUCUGGCUCAAGAAGUUGCAGGAACUUCGUUUUUGCCAGAUUCAGUGUUUCCUGCAAGUCCAGUUUCACGAUUUCUUGAUCCAUUAUUGAGCCUGAUAGCUUGAAAUGGCUGAUCAUCGGAAUGGAGGGGGGCAACCAGCUAAUGGGAAGGCUUCAGGUGGAGGGGCAAAUUCUUAUAAGAUUGACCUGGAAAAUUUCAGCAGGCGGUUGAAGCUGCUGUAUUCAAAUUGGAAUGAGCAGAAAGAUGACUUAUGGGGUUCUGCUGAUGUCAUUGCCAUAGCUACUCCUCCUGAAUCACAGGAUCUGCGAUAUCUCAAGUCAUCAGCUCUGAACAUGUGGUUAUUUGGAUUUGAGUUCCCUGAGACGAUAAUGGUUUUUACAAGGAAGCAGAUCCAUUUCCUGUGCACCCAAAAGAAGGCCUCUGUUCUUGAAGUUGUUACAAGGUCUGCCAGGGAUGCUGUCGGAGUAGAUAUUCUUAUGCAUGUUAAGGCAAGGGGUGAUGAUGGGAUAGCGUCAAUAGAUGCUAUUCUGAAUGCUAUUAGUGCUCUGUCUAAGGGUGAUGCCACCCCUGUUGUUGGUUACCCGGUGAGGGAGGCUCCUGAAGGUAGGCUUUUGGAGAACUGGACUGAGAAGCUCAAGUCUGCAAACUUUCAGCUUACUGAUGUAACGAAUGGGUUGUCUGACCUGUUUGCUGUGAAGGAUGGUAAUGAGAUCCUCAGUAUCAAGAAGGCUGCUUACUUGACAGCUAAUGUGAUGAAAAAUUAUGUGGUCCCAAAGCUUGAGAAUGUUAUUGAUGAGGAGAAGAAGGUGACUCAUUCAUCAUUGAUGGAGGACACUGAGAAGGCCAUACAGGACCCGUCCAAGGCCAAGGUAAAGUUGAAAGCAGAUAAUGUUGAUAUCUGCUACCCCCCAAUCUUCCAAAGUGGUGGAGAGUUCGACCUCAGGCCAAGUGCCGCCAGUAAUGAUGAAUUGCUCUACUAUGAUUCUGCCAGUGUUAUCAUUUGCGCUGUUGGAUCUCGUUACAACAGUUACUGCUCAAAUAUUGCUAGGACAUUUUUGAUUGAUGCAAAUCCUUUGCAAAUUAAGGCGUAUGAGGUUCUUCUAAAGGCCCAGGAAACAGCAAUUAACUCGCUAAAGCCUGGGAGCAAGCUGAAUGCAGCCUACCACGCAGCAGUUUCUGUAGUUGAGAAGGAUGCUCCUGAAUUAGUUCCCCACCUAACAAAAUCUGCUGGAACAGGCAUUGGUCUGGAAUUUCGUGAGUCGGGGUUUAAUAUUAAUGCAAAGAAUGAAAGAGUGGUGAAACAGAACAUGGCCUUCAAUGUGUCCCUCGGUUUUCAGAACUUGCAGAACCAGACAAAGAACCCAAAGAACCAGAAUUUCUCUCUGUUGCUCGCUGACACAGUUAUCGUUGGAGAGAAGGUUGAAGUUGCCACUCAUGUCAGCACAAAAGCUGUUAAGGAUGUUGCUUACUCGUUUAACGAGGAUCAAGAAGAAGAGGAGAGACCUAAGGUUAAGCCCGAGGCUGCUAAUGGAGCAGAGCCCAUCAUGUCUAAGACCACUCUUAGGUCUGACAACCACGAGAUCUCAAAGGAAGAGCUGAGGAGGCAGCACCAGGCUGAAUUGGCACGCCAAAAGAACGAGGAAACUGCAAGGAGGCUCGCUGGUGGGGGAAGUGGUGGUGGUGACAGUCGAUCAGCUUCUAAGACUUCUGCCGACCUCAUUGCCUACAAGAGUGUGAAUGAUCUCCCACCACCAAGGGACCUAAUGAUACAGGUGGACCAAAGGAAUGAAGCCGUUCUCUUGCCCAUCUAUGGGAGUAUGGUCCCGUUCCAUGUGGCCACGAUAAGGACUGUCUCAAGCCAGGCAGACACUAACAGGAAUUGCUACAUCCGGAUCAUUUUCAAUGUCCCGGGGACUCCUUUCAAUCCCCAUGAUGCCAACACACUGAAGACUCAAGGCUCUAUCUAUCUCAAGGAGGUGUCUUUCCGUUCCAAGGACCCGAGGCACAUCAGUGAGGCAGUUCAGCAGAUUAAGGCACUUAGGAGGCAGGUCAUGGCGAGAGAAUCCGAGAGGGCUGAGAGGGCGACCUUGGUUACUCAGGAGAAGCUCCAGCUUGCAGGUAGCCGGUUUAAGCCUAUCAGAUUGUCUGAUUUAUGGAUCCGCCCAGCUUUUGGAGGCCGAGGGAGGAAGAUUCCUGGGACCCUUGAGGCCCACGUCAACGGAUUCCGGUACUCCACCACGAGGCAGGAUGAGCGAGUUGACAUCAUGUUUGGGAAUAUAAAGCAUUCCUUCUUUCAGCCUGCUGAGAGGGAGAUGAUUACUCUGCUGCACUUCCAUCUCCACAACCACAUAAUGGUGGGUAAUCGGAAGACCAAGGAUGUUCAAUUCUAUGUUGAAGUGAUGGAUGUGGUCCAGACGUUGGGGGGCGGGAAGAGGUCUGCCUAUGACCCUGAUGAGAUUGAGGAGGAGCAGAGGGAGAGAGACCGGAAGAACAAGAUCAACAUGGACUUCGGCAACUUUGUAAACCGGGUGAAUGACCUGUGGAGUCAGCCUCAGUUCAGCACGAUGGACCUUGAGUUUGAUCAGCCUCUGAGGGAGCUUGGGUUCCAUGGGGUUCCUUACAAGGCCUCUGCUUUUAUAGUCCCUACCUCAAGCUGCUUGGUUGAGCUGAUAGAGACCCCUUUCCUUGUGGUGACACUAAGCGAGAUUGAGAUUGUGAACUUGGAGAGGGUUGGCCUUGGGCAGAAGAACUUUGACAUGGCUAUCGUGUUCAAGGAUUUCAAGAAGGAUGUCCUGAGGAUCGAUUCCAUCCCUUCUACAUCUCUUGAUGGGAUCAAGGAGUGGCUGGACACGACAGACAUCAAGUACUAUGAGAGCAGGCUGAACCUGAACUGGAGACAGAUUCUGAAGACCAUCACUGAUGAUCCACAGAGCUUUGUAGACGGUGGGGGGUGGGAGUUCUUGAAUCUGGAGGUGAGCGACUCAGACUCCGAGAAGUCAGAGGAAUCGGACCAAGGAUACGAGCCGUCUGAUGUGCAGUCAGAGUCUGAGUCGGAUGAUGACGCCUCUGACAGCGAGUCGCUGGUAGAGUCAGAGGAGGAAGAGGAGCAGGACUCGGAGGUGGACUCGGAGGAAGAGAAGGGGAAGACAUGGGAGGAGCUGGAGAGGGAGGCAAGCAAUGCAGACAGGGAGAAGGGAGACGAAUCAGACAGCGAGGAAGAGAGGAGGAAGAGGAAGAUGAAGGCAACUUUCGGGAAGGGCCGGCCUGGCCCCAGCAGCAACAGCAUGCGUAAGCGGGCCAAGCUGAGGUAGAUUAGAUUGAGUUUGGGCUUUGACAGGGGAGGAUCUCUUAGGCUAUUUUUCUUUUGUAGCUUUCAAGUUUUGUGUUGAAGCCUUGGGUUCAAGUAAAAGGGGACUGAGCUGGACGUUCUGUUUGGGGGUUAGAAAGUGCUAUGCCAUGGUGUUAGGUAAAAAAAGAGAAGCUUAGAUGGUAUUUUAUGCUUUUAUUGCUCUCUGUCCUCUUCUUCUGUUAGUACCAAGUGAUAGUUCUGUGAAACUCCCUUUGGUUGAUUGCUGUAAUUUAGUAGAAAAACUCUUGCUUCCCGGUAAAGUUAGCCUUACCAAAAAGAAUGUCUGUGAUCAUGGAGACUUCCUCAGUAAAUUAUGUAGGUAAUUGAAUCAAAUCUCGCACAGAAGCAAGUAAUUGAUCUU